GUUAUAGGCUUUGAUAUUGAAAUUUCACUGGUUUGCAAUAAAACAGAUAUAUCGGUUACGUUCAACAAAUGAAAUAAUUGAGCGUCUGUUAAAUACAUAUAACCAUUUUGGAAAUUAAAAGAAAAUGUGAAAAUUUAUUUAAGAGUAAAAAACCAGCUUUUUAUGGUGUGUUAACAUGCUGUAUACGUUGUAGCUAAAUUAAGAGAUACGGGAUUUGACAAAUUUAAGUCAAAUCAUACAAUGUUGAAAGGUUUAAGAUAAUAACAUAAAUCAGUUAACAUUAAAGCAUGUUUAUGUUUACAUAUGAUUUGAUACUCUUGUUUUAUCAUAUCAAUUAUCUACAUUAGUUUUGCUGUUCGAAAACGAAAGAGGAAUUAAAUCAAUUUUGUUAUAUAUGUAGUAGGUGGUCAGCAACUUUUUUUUAGUGAAACAGACAUAUAUAAUACGGUGGCAGAAUAUGGAUCAUUGUGCUGGACCCAUUUACCUUGAAUCAGUAUGGUUGAUGGCAUUCAUUUUUGUAUCAAUCAUUGCAAUAUGUACGUUGAAGAGCCUCAGAUGCUACACGCUAGUUUUCAAAAAAUGGUUAAAGUUAAGCAGUAGACCACAGUGUUUAUUACCGGUGAUAUCGAGCACAUCAGAAGAGUACGAGGAAUUGCGCAGUCCGGCAUGUUGUGAUGCAAGAGAGAGACUCCAUGAAGAUAACAUAAAAUGGAUGAGUGAGAUGUCAAGCCUACAAGAUGAAUUAAGGAAGAAGGACGAUGCCUUGAAACAGUUCAAGGAAGCUGAAGCAGACUGGAAGAGAAAUAUGUCACGUUUACAAGAUGAACUUACAAAUGAACAACAACAGAAGGAGGAUGCCUUAAAACGACUAAGUGCGAUAAUGUCGAGCCGUUUAAGGGACGGUAAUCCUAACGUAGCAGAUCUUAACGAUCAAAAUCGUCCAACCAAAGUGGGGGAACAGUUUUCAGAACUUUACGACAAUCAAUGGACAGAUGCUUAUGGUGCUAUCAACAUUUUUUUCGGGAAUUCUUUAGCAGAGAGUCAGAUAAUCCAGAUUCUUCUAGAAAUUUUAGAGCAUUGUUAUACAGAAUGUAAAAUCAUAUCAGAAGACCAGAUGCACCAACUCAAUAACAACGUGGCAAGUAUUGCGGAUGUUAUUACAAGGAAACACAACAGACUUCGGACUGAUCUGAUGCAACGCAUAAAAGAAGAAAGGAAAAUGUUUGCUCUCGAUCAGGUUCCAGUAUUAGAAUCGAUCCUACGCAGUCUUAAGAGUAAAUUUUCUUCGAAAUACCAGGACCAGAGAUUUCAAGAUGAUCCGAUUAUUAUAACGUUUGUACAGGAGUGUUUGAAGCUAUCGUGGCUGAUGGUUACACAAGACCCACCCAUGGCAAUUAUUCUAAAAAAACCCGAAGCGAGUUUUAAUAAUUUAAGCCAUAAACAAAACUUUGAGGAAGUGUUUUAA